UUCGCACCACGGUUGCUGUUUGUUGAUGUUGAUCGCAUGUUUUAGAUUGUGAUGGAUGUUUUUAGAGCUAACUCUCUCAGAUCACAUCAAUGUGUGCAAUUUUUUAGAGCUGUGGAUAAAAGUCAACUGUUUCGAGGUUGGAAAGUGAAACCUCUCCAGGAAUUUUGAAUCAGAGUCCGUUCGCGGAACUGCGAUAACAGCUGUUUGGAAAAUUACUAGUAGAGUCCGGCAAAGCUGUACUGUUUGGAGAUAAAAUCUUAUCAUUUCCAUUCAGAGAUGAAACGAGAGGACCAAGAGUUGUUAGAGCGAGCUGAAGAGAAAGGGAAUAACGAAGAAAAACCUCAGAGUGAAGUUGUCAAACAAGACGAUUUCUUCGAAGAUGAAUUUGACAGAGAGUUUUGGGUCAAGGUUCGUCAGAAACAGAGUGAAGGACUGUCAUGGAGCACUGCUAUGAAUGAGGUGCGAGUUCAAAGAUUGAUCCAGAGAUACAAAGAUAAUGGAAAACUGGACAGUGAGGAUCCUGCUCUUGUGAUGAUAAAAACUUGGCCAACAUCCAGAAAAUACAAAGAUAAUCCUGAUAAACUUCCAGGCCUUGAGCAGCUGAUAACUAAGUUCUUGGUAAUUCUGUUGGAAAGUGAACUAAACUCAGGCAACAGAUAUGAGAUGUUCAGAGAUGUAGAAGACAAAACAGGAAAGACAUUGUUACACUAUGCUGCAGAACUUGGCUUUUUACAUGUCACUAAAACACUUGUGAAGAAAUGUCCAGGAUUGCUUGCUCUGAAAACAAAGGCUCAGCUUAAACCCAAGAAGAGAAGAGGCUUGUUACCAGUUGAAUUGGCUCUAAUAGCAGAGAAUGAUGAAGUUGCAGCUUAUAUGAUUAGAAUGAUGUGGCAUGAAAGAGUGCAGAGCUUGUUGUCGUGGAGACCAGGAGAAAUGACUGAUCCUCAGCCGUCUUACUUCAGUUUCAAGUCAAUUAUUGAAAAUCCCAAAAUGAAGAAAACAGUAGUUGCUGUGUUGGACCAGAUGGUCAACCCUCACUGGCCACACCUCCCAAAGCGCAAGGACGACUAUGAUAAUGAUGAUGAGGAAGAGGGAAUUGAAGGGGCCUGGACAACCAUCCCUGAUGAUCCACUAGACUAUCACUUUUACUAUCAUAUUUUGGAUGGUGAUGAGGGAGGACGACCUCCAAAGAUUAUUUCAUCUGAGGGAGAUAAGGAGAGGGACAAUGAAUCUUUUAGUCGAAGAGACAAGUCAUGUUUGCAUUUGAUUGCCAAGAGUAACAAUAAGGAGGCUCUGCAGCAUCCUGUGGUCAGAAUGUUGAUAAAAACAAAAUGGAACAGUUUUGGACAUUGGUUUCUCAGUCUUCAUGCAGCAUUGUAUGUCAUCUACUUGCUUUUCCUGUCCUACGCUCUGAUUUAUGGCUCUACCAAACUGGACCCUACCCAAUACAGGGAUGCUGCUGAUUCACUGCAAGGAUUUUGUGAAGUUGUCACCCUUCUUAUGGUUGUCUUCUAUAUCUGUGAAGAAAUUAAUCAAAUGAGAAAAGAGUGGCACUCAUACUUCAGAGAGUGGAUGAACCUGUUUGACUGGUUAGGCUUGGUGUUGAUCUUGUGUAUAAUACCUUUACGGUACACUGAUAACAAAGCACAGUGGAGAGUGGCAUCUUUAGCGUUCCUGUUCAACUUCCUGAGGAUUUUUAAGUUUUCUUGUGUAACAAGGACCACAGGGCUGUACACAAAGACCUUGGCUAAGAUCAUUCAGGAAGACGUAACGAGAUUUAUGGCAGUUUUUGCUGUUGUGUUUCUAUCAUUCUGUGGGGCCUUGUUUUUGUCUCUUCAGUCUUCCAAGCAAAAUCAGCAAUUCAGUGGUUUUGAAGAAGUUUUGUUGAGUGGAUUUCGUGCACUGUCCGAACAGCAACCGAUCGCGGAAGAUUACUCAACUUUCAACUGGCUGUCGAUUCUGUUGAUGUUAUCGUACAUGGGGACUGUGAUUGUGAUUCUGCUCAACAUACUCAUUGCACAGAUGAGUACGACCUACACCCAGGCCAAGAAAAUCGCCCGUCUGGAAUAUGAUGUGGAUCGGAUAUCACUGCUCACCCGCAUGGAGAGGUUUCCUUUUCUGAAUCUACGCGUGAAGUAUUACAAAGAAGGAGACUGGAUCAGUGAAAUAAAACUUGCAAAAGAACUGCUUGAAUUCACUGAGGAUCGUCAUCACUGGGAGUCAGUGGAAGAGAAGCUUGAUGCAAUCAGGGAUAUGAUGAGAAAGAUGGUCAAACAGAUGAGGCCUGAUCGAGAAUAAAUAGCUGUCAGUCGAGAAAUAUCUUGUUGAAAUCUUCCGCAGCGCUGUUAUUUCAAAGCAUAUAUCUCGAACGCUUUAAGACGUGAGAAUGCAGAGUCAUGGAUGAUAGUCAGAGUUAUUUUUCCUUGAUUUAUAAUGCACAAUAAAAAUCAAGGGAGGCAACACGAA